CUCAUCGAAACUGCCCAAUUAGAAAUGGUGGGCCUUCGCUCAGCCUCCUCAGGGCAAAUAAUGGUACAAAUAUAACUGUUUCAACUCAGACACCUUUUUUCCUGGUGAUAAUACAGUGCAAGAAACAUCCUGCUGGCUUCUAUCAAACACUAGUCAGGACAACUGCAUCAAUUCAUUCCAUUAAUUUUCAGUGACCAUUGACUCCAGCCUAUCAGAAAUGCCGAGUCCGGUGCUAUUCUACAUCAUCUUAACAUUCGGUCUAGUUGCAGCGGCAAUCUAUGUCCUCGUCAGUUCCAGCAACUUGUCUUUGCCAAUCUCGCUGGGCACUCGAAUCCUUACCAUCAUCCUCCCCGUCCUCGCGACCGCAAAUGUGUACUUGACGCCGCGUUUGCAGUCAAUAUCUCGAGCGCAGAAGGGUCGGGCGCUCGCCGUGCUCGUCCCCGCAAUCCUGCAAGUCGCCCAGGGAAUCCUGACCGUCAUCCUGGCGACUUUGGCAUUCGAGGGCCUGAUUCCGGGUGUCAACCUGAACUGCAAUCUACAUAACGUAUGGCAGCAGCUGUGGAAAAGCCAUGACUCGCGGUCUAUCGAGAGAAUCCAGGAUGCGUUCAACUGCUGUGGGCUGGUCUCGUUGAGAGAUAUGUCGGAGCCUCACCACGGGACCGACACGGGCAUGUGCAGUUCGCUGUAUCACAGAUCUAGCCCUUGUGCCGGCCCCUGGACUAGUGCUAUGCAGCGUAACUCGGGUGUCGAGUUCGGCGUUGCCAUUGCUGUCGGGAUACUGCAAUUGUUGGACCUUACCCUAUUCCGUUUGGGAAGCGUCCUCUCCCAGUCGAGGCGAGGAUUCAGACCGCUUCUCCAAAGUUCGAGAUCAGGCCGAGACGCUCGGUUGCUGGAGAACGGCCCAGACGAAGAAGACCAUACCGCCGAAGCCGAGGAUGUUACCGAAUCAGGGACUCAAGACUACGGGACCACAAACAAUGGCGCCAAUCCCCGUGUUGAGCCUUCUAAUCUUGGUGACGACGCUAGCCCUUGGCGAAGCUGAGAGGUUCUACAGCAUGACGAGCAGCUACAUCGGUUCUGUCUGCAUACCUAGCAUGACAAAGUUCGCAUGUGUUUUUAUAUUUUCUCUACACGUGGAUGAAAGGUGGACAAAAGUCACGGUUCUCUGCUCGAUUCAAUUCAAGAAUGUAUCUUGCGAGAUACACGGAACCAGGAUAAAACAAAAGUGUGCAAGUCGUAGUUCUUUUAGUACCAAGUAUAAAAUUUAUGAGAUAGA